AUGACGGAGGAGAUCAAAUUCAGCGUGCUAGUGUCUCUCUUCAACUGGAUCCAAAAAAGCAAAACCUCUUCUCAGAAACGCUCCAAGUUCCGCAAGUUCCUCGACACAUACUGCAAACCCUCCGAUUACUUCGUCGCCGUCCGUCUCAUCAUCCCUUCCCUCGACCGAGAGCGAGGCAGCUACGGUCUCAAGGAGUCCGUGCUGGCCACGUGUCUCAUCGACGCGCUGGGGAUCUCUCGCGAUGCUCCUGACGCGGUUCGUCUUCUCAAUUGGCGUAAAGGAGGGACCGCUAAGGCUGGAGUCAACGCUGGAAACUUCUCUCUGAUUGCUGCUGAGGUAUUGCAACGGAGGCAAGGGAUGGCGUCUGGUGGGUUGAGUAUUAAGGAGUUGAAUGAUUUGCUUGAUCGUUUAGCUUCGAGUGAGAACAGAGGGGAGAAGACUUCUGUUCUUUCUACUCUGAUUCAGAAGACGAAUGCACAGGAGAUGAAGUGGGUUAUUAGGAUCAUUCUUAAAGAUUUGAAACUGGGAAUGAGCGAGAAGAGUAUUUUUCAGGAGUUUCAUCCAGAUGCCGAGGAUUUGUUUAAUGUCACUUGUGAUUUGAAGUUAGUCUGUGAAAAGCUGAGAGAUCGGCACCAACGUCACAAGCGCCAGGAUAUAGAAGUUGGAAAAGCUGUUCGACCUCAAUUAGCUAUGCGUAUUAGUGAUGUAAAUGCUGCUUGGAAGAAGCUUCACGGGAAAGAUGUCGUUGCUGAGUGCAAAUUUGAUGGGGAUCGCAUACAGAUACACAAAAAUGGGACUGAGAUACAUUACUUCUCUAGGAACUUCCUUGACCAUUCUGAAUAUGCACAUGCCAUGUCGGAUCUUAUUGUUCAAAAUAUAAUGGCUGACAAGUGUAUCCUUGAUGGUGAAAUGUUGGUCUGGGAUACAUCUCUUAAUCGGUUUGCUGAAUUUGGUUCUAAUCAGGAAAUAGCCAAAGCAGCAAGGGAGGGUCUCGACAGCCAUAAGCAGUUAUGUUAUGUUGCCUUUGAUGUUCUUUAUGUUGGCGAUACUAGUGUUAUCCACCAGAGUUUAAAAGAACGGCACGAACUCCUGAGGAAAGUGGUUAAGCCUUUAAAAGGCCGGCUUGAAGUUUUACUGCCCGAAGGUGGUCUCAAUGUUCAUCGCCCUUCAGGGGAACCAAGUUGGUCUAUUGUGGUUAAUUCUGCAGCUGAUGUUGAGCGAUUUUUCAAAGAAACAGUUGAAAAUAGGGAUGAAGGAGUAGUCCUUAAAGACCUUGGAUCGAAAUGGGAACCUGGAGAUCGUAGUAGCAAGUGGUUGAAGUUGAAGCCUGAAUAUGUCCGGGCUGGUUCUGAUCUAGAUGUUCUUAUAAUAGGAGGAUACUAUGGCUCUGGCCGUCAUGGAGGGGAGGUUGCACAGUUUCUCGUUGCAUUGGCUGACCGGGCAGAGGCAAAUGUGUAUCCCAGGCGAUUUAUGUCGUUUUGUAGAGUUGGCACAGGAUUAUCUGAUGAAGAGCUUAACACUGUUGUAAGCAAACUGAAGCCUUAUUUCAGAAAAAAUGAGCACCCAAAGAAGGCUCCACCAAGCUUUUAUCAGGUCACAAAUCACUCAAAAGAGAGACCUGAUGUUUGGAUCGAAAGCCCGGAAAAAUCAAUAAUACUCUCCAUCACUAGUGACAUCAGGACAAUAAGGUCUGAGGUAUUUGUCGCACCUUACAGCCUGAGGUUUCCUCGUAUUGAUAAAGUAAGAUACGAUAAACCUUGGCAUGAGUGUCUCGAUGUGCAAGCUUUUGUGGAAUUGGUGAACUCAAGUAACGGCACCACACAAAAACAGAAGGAAUCCGAAAGCACUCAGGACAAUCCGAAAGUCACCAAGAGAGGAGAGAAAAAGAAUGUGUCUCUUGUCCCAUCUCAGUUCAUUCAAACUGAUGUAUCGGAUAUCAAGGGCAAGACCUCAAUCUUCUCCAAUAUGAUAUUUUAUUUUGUUAACCUGCCUCGGUCCCAUUCUCUUGAUACAUUCCACAAAAUGGUGGCUGAGAAUGGAGGGAAGUUCUCAAUGAACCUAAACAAUUCAGUGACUCAUUGCAUUGCAUCAGAAAGCAGUGGAAUAAAGUAUCAGGCGGCAAAACGUCAAAGAGAUGUCAUCCACUUUUCAUGGGUCUUAGAUUGUUGUGCACGAAAUAAUCUGCUUCCUUUGCAGCCAAAGUACUUUCUCCACCUCACAGAUGCUUCAAGGACAAAAUUACAGGAUGAAAUUGAUGAAUUUUCGGAUUCUUAUUUCUUUGACUUAGACCUUGAAGGUCUCAAACAGGUCUUAAGCAAUGCCAAGCAAUGGGAAGACUCAAAAUCCAUUGAGUACUACAAGAAAAAGUUAUGUCCGGAGAAAAGAUGGUCUUGCUUCAUCGGUUGCUGCAUUUACUUUCAUCCCUAUAGUGAAACAUUGAGCACUGAAGAGGAAGCCCUGUUGGGAAUCAUGGCUAAGAGAUUAGCGCUUGAAGUCUUAAUGGCUGGUGGUAAAGUUAGCAAUAAUCUUACUAAUGCGUCGCACCUUGUAGUCCUUACUUUAGCCGAAGACUCUUUGGAUUUUGCUUCUGUUUCAAAAAGUUUCAGCGAAAAGGAGAAACGUCUUUUGCUGAAGAGAAGGCUACAUGUUGUUAGCUUGAACUGGUUAGAGGAAAGCUUGCAAAGGGAGCAAAAGCUAAGCGAGGAGGUGUACACUUUAAGGCCUAAGCAUAUGGACGAGUCUGAUACUGAAGAAUCAGAUAAAUCUGAACAUGAUGCAACGGAAGUAGCUCAAACCGAAGAGCCAGCUUUCUCGAAAAUGGCAGUUACGAGUUCAAGAGGACGGUCAAGUACUCGAGCUGGUAACAAAAGGGGAAGGUCUUCUUCUACAAACACAGUGAAACGAGUACAGAGACGGAGAGGCAAGCAGCCUUCUAAGAUAGGUGGAAGUGAAACAGAGGAGAGUGAUGCGGCUUCGGAAGAACAGGCUUCAACAAGACUCAGUGAUGUAAUAGCAGAAGAGACUGAUUCCUUAGGUGACGCUCAACGAAACUCUAGGAGAGGAAGAUCUGCAAAUAGAGGUAAGUCUCGUGUUGCACUACCGCAAAGAGUACAGAGAUCAAGAAGAGGCAAGAAGCCUUUGAAGAUAGGAGGAGAUGAGUCUGAAGAAAAUGAUGAUUUUGAUGACAAGAAAAAUGAUUAUGCGGAGGAAGAAAACAAGGAAGAAACCGGAGAGCCGGACAAAGCAAAGCACAGAGAGACACUGCAAAGAGAUAACACAGUAGCAGUUGAAGAGGCCUCGUCACAAAGUUCUAGAAAUGCAAAGACAGAGAUGGAUAGGGAAGAGAAGCUACAAGUCCAUGAGGAUCCAGUACAAGCUAUGUUGAUGAACAUGAUCCCGAGCCUCAGUUUUAGAAACACAGAGACAUCAUCAAGCAGAAUCACGGGUGAAGCUAGUAAGGCUAAAGUUUCAGGUGAGAGUGAGCCUUCAGAGAAAAGAAAACUUGGCGCCGAGACUGAUAAUGCUUGUGUGAACGCAGAGGCAGAUGAGAUUCCUCCUCCUGUGAAGAAAAAGAAAGUAAGCUACCGCGAUGUUGCCGGAGAACUGCUCAAAGACUGGUGA